GUUUCCCUUCCCCCGGCUCGGCGCAACUGCCAUGGCGGCCCUGGCGCGAAAGCUGUUCUCCAGAGCGAGAGCCAGGCACUUCUGCGCCUCGGAGGCUUCCGAGGCCAUGAUGAGGGCGGCCAAGGGCGGCAGCCAGGCCAGCUUUCGGCAGCUUGUGGCGGCAGUGGACGCUGGCGGUGAAGGCUUUUGGCACCUUCAGGCGCAGGAGGAGGAAAGGAUGCAGCUGGAGCAGCUGGCACAGGCGCUGCCGCGGGGCGGCCGGCUGGCGCCGGGGCUGCUGGACCACGUGCUGCCCGCGGAGCCCACGGCCACGGAGGAGGUGUUGCAGAACCUCCCGCGCAUGCUGGGAGCGCGCGAAGGCGUGGUGUCGGCGCUGCGCUGGCGCGCGGCGCUGCGCAGCUCGGCGCUCUCCGCGGACUUCGCGGCGCAGCGCCUGGAGCGGCGCGUGGCGCGGAAGCUGAGGGCCUGGCUCAACGAAGGCUUCCUGCGCACCAUGGAGCUGAGUUCCGAGGAGGCUCGGCAGCUCUGCACGUCGCAAAUGACGCCGGCGCACGCGCGCACCUUCGCGCUGUGCUUCAUGACCGAGGAUGGGCCGCUGCCGCUGGUUGCGCUGCAAGCCACCGACGCGGACACUGAAACGCCGCUGCCCACCGACGCGGGCGCCGCGCGGAUCUGGGCCCUCCACUUCGCGGCGGAGUCUCCGGAAGGUCUGCGCGGCCUGGGCCUGGGCAGAGCGCUGCUGCAGCGUGCCGUCCAGCGGCUACGGGACGCCGGCGCCAAGGAUGUGGUCGCCACGGUGCCUUUACGGCACUUCCGGGCCUGGCUGCAGCAGCGACGUCUGGAGGUGCCUCCAGAGGCGGCCGCUUUGAUGCAGAGCUCGGGGCAGGGCCAAGUCAUCUUCCGGGACGCCGCCAAUGACGAGGUCCGCUUCGAGGCUUCGGGCAGCUUGAAGGUGGCCAUUAACGGCGCAGAGCCCGCAGAGGUGCGGAGGAUAAAGUUCACGGAGGAUGCGGUACUGGUUCUGUUGCAGGAGGGUGCAGUGCAGAUCGGUCUGCCGAAGGAGGAUUCCGCCUCGCUUGCAUCGCGGCUCAAAACCUUGGCCGCCAUCGGAGGGCUGCUGGAUGCGGAGCUGAAGCCCUUCGUCAUGCAGCUGGGCUUUGCCUAUCUCUUCCAGCAGCCUGGCCGGGCAGUGGACCCCGCCGUCCACUUCCACCUGCUGAACGGGGCGGAUUUCCUGUGCCUCCACUGGCGUGCAGACGAAUCCCCACAAGGCCUGGCCGAAUCCUUCGGCAUGGUGGCGAGCUUCAGAUACCAGGAGGAUCAAGAGGAGCAGAGAGCCCACGCAUAUCGUGAGGGAGGCGUUGAUGCUGUCCUGCGCUG